AUGUCACCGCGUCUAGAAGACAAGGUUAGCAUCGUCACCGGGUCCUCCUCUGGACUGGGUCGAGCUAUUGCAUUAAGAUACGCUGAGGAGGGCGCAAAGGUUGUGUGUGCAGACCUGAAGCCGUCGGCUCGUCUCCCGGACUCAGAGGAUAACAAUAUCGAGACACACGAGUUGAUCAUCCAGAAUGGCGGAAAGGCGACAUUCGUCAGAACUGAUGUUACCUCCGCUUCUGACUGGAAAGCUGUCGUCCAAGCUGCAGUAACAGAGUAUGGAAGAUUAGAUAUUCUGGUGAACAACGCAGGAGUCGGUCUAGAGGCGCUUCGACCGCCAGCACAGGUUCACACAACUGAUGAAGAUUUGUGGGAUAAGACAAUGAUGGUUAACUCAAAGUCGGUCUUUCUUGGCUGCAAGUACGCUAUCGGCCAGAUGCUUGCACAGGCGCCCCAUCAAUCUGGAGAUCGGGGUUGGAUAGUGAAUAUUUCAUCUAUCAUGGCCUUGAUUGGAGGGCCGAGCAACCCAUCGUACUGCGCCUCAAAGGGAGCAGUGAGCAGCUUGACUCGGCAGGUUGCCCUUGACUACGCAUCAUCUCGAAUCCAUGUCAAUGCUAUUUGUCCCGGCUAUAUCCAAACAUCAAUUUUCAAAGAAACCACCGCAAGAGAGACGACAAUUGAAGAUUUGCAACGGAAGCAUCCUUUUAAUGGCCCGGGAAAACCAGAAGACGUUGCCAGAUUCGCUGUUGUCCUCGCAAGUGAGGAUGCAUGUUGGGUUACUGGAACCUCGAUGGUAGUCGAUGGUGGUUAUACGGCUCGCUAG